AAGAUCACUUGCGCUUUGGAGGGGCAGAGCCAGACCAGACGCGACGAAUGAUGUUGGAUCUUCAAAAAACUGAAAAAAACAAAAGGUAACGCACUGCUGUGCUGAGACUCAUUGGUGUUCAUUGCAAAUAUAGCGCCAGCCAGUGCAUCGAUUAGACGCACAAUAACGGCAUAUUUGGGAUCAGUUUCCACUCCUUUGGGAUAACGUUUCCCAUUUAAUCUGGAUCAAGAACGGGCUGCAUAUGAGUUAAACUUUUCAGUUUUAAGAAAAUCCCGGAUGUCUGCCCUGCAAGCGUAACUUUAUCUCGACAGUCCUGUGAAAGAGAUGCUUAAAAGUGGGGAGUGUUGCUCGUUGUUCAAAUUUCCCAAAUUACCGGCGACCGUUUUACCACGAACAUGACCGCGUAAAUACUUAGCCUAACAUUAUUUGUUAUUAUUUUAUAGUUUUUAUUUUCUCAUAUCUCCACUGCACUUGAUCGCAAACGAUGCAGGUCCUACUGUUUGCUACGGUUCUUUACUAUAUCGUGAACUUCGUCGGGGCUGAGCCCAAACCAAAAUGCCCAGAGCGGUGCGACGUCAGCACUUGCCCCAGCCCUAGCUGCGCGAUGGGGUACGUUCCAGACCGAUGCAACUGCUGCCUGGUUUGCGCCCAGGGAGAAAGCGACCCAUGCGGGCGCAAAGAUGACCUACCCUGUGGUGAUGGACUCGAAUGCAAGCACCCGGCCGGAAAGCGGCUAGCCAAGGGCUUUUGUCAGUGCAAAUUGGGUCACAAAGUUUGCGGCAGUGACGGCAUUACCUAUGGGAACGUGUGUCAGCUGAAGGCGCAGAGUAGGAAGGCUCUGCAGCAGGGGCUGCCCGCCAUCAACUCGGUCCAGAAGGGACCAUGCGAAAUCAACAAUAACAAAGGUACUUCACACCCCACCAGUCCCAGGUACAAGUUUAACUUCAUAGCCGACGUGGUUGAGAAGAUUGCGCCGGCUGUCGUCCACAUUGAACUUUUCCUCAGGCACCCUCUGUUCGGCCGGAAUGUCCCUCUGUCCAGUGGGUCAGGCUUUGUGAUGUCAGACACAGGUUUGAUAGUGACCAACGCCCAUGUAGUCUCCAGCACCAGGCCUGUGUCGGGCCGUCAGCAGCUCAAGGUCCAGAUGCACAAUGGUGACGUCUACGAAGCGACCAUCAAGGACAUCGAUAAGAAGUCAGACAUUGCCACCAUCAAAGUCAACCCACUGAAAAAGCUCCCGGUGCUGUUGCUAGGCCACUCGGCCGACCUUAGACCUGGUGAGUUUGUGGUUGCCAUUGGCAGCCCCUUCGCUCUCCAGAACACGGUUACCACAGGGAUCGUGAGCACUGCACAGAGAGACGGGAAGGAGCUGGGCAUCAGAGACUCUGACAUGGACUAUAUACAGACGGACGCCAUCAUCAACUAUGGAAAUUCAGGCGGACCUCUUGUUAACUUGGACGGGGAGGUGAUCGGUAUCAGUUGCGAUCCAGUUCCUAUUCGUAACACUCUGUUAAGUUGUUUGUCUGACUGCCACCAGGACGGGGAGGUGAUUGGCAUCAACACUCUGAAAGUGGCUGCUGGGAUCUCCUUCGCCAUCCCUUCUGAUAGGAUCACACGCUUCCUCGAGGAAUCAAUGGACAAGCAGAGCAAAGAAGUGAGAUCAUUGAAGAAACGUUUCAUUGGAAUAAAGAUGCUCACCAUCAACCCAGCGCUGGUUGAGGAGCUGAAGCAGCAGAACCCAGACUUCCCCGAUGUCUCUAGUGGGAUCUACGUCCAUGAAGUGGUGCCUCACUCUCCUGCACAGAAAGGUGGUAUCAGAGACGGCGACAUCAUCGCGAAGCUGAACGGCCGUCCUCUGCUGACCACAGCUGAUCUACAAGGGGCGCUCACGGAGGAGACAGCCCUGCUGCUGGAGGUCAGGAGGGGCAACGACGACCUGCUCUUCAACAUCCAGCCCGAUGUCAUUAUGCAGUAACCCAGUAACCUUGAAGACAUUGACCAGGAGUACCGUGUUCGAGAUAUAUUUCUAUCGGGAACAUUCUGUAAACGUUAGAACGUCACUCAUGAACAUGCUCCCAGCUGUUCAACAUCGAGCCAGACGACGUCUUCAUGCAGUAAUCACAGCAACCGUGGUGUGGUACCCGGGAGACUGAAAAAGUAUAAUGACCAAACCAAAUAAAACAAAACAGAAACUAUGGUUGAGAGCCCUAUACACUGAUAAAGCUGCCCCUAUAGUCACUGACCUAAGGUCAGUUUGUAUUUGUUUUGGGAGGGUAAAACUGAUCCUAACUCGGUGCAUAAAGGGUGACUUUUAACUACUCAGAGCCCAGGGGAGAAGGAUCAACAAACAAGUCAAGAAACAGAAAACUGUGUUUGUUGGAACCUUGAUCUGGAAACAAUAGAGACUGACUGACCCUUGCUUGAUAAAUCCAGCCAGAAAACUCUCUGGAGUCUGGAUGCAUUUAGGACUGAAUGUUGGAACGCCCAGCGAAAUGAAACACUUGAUUUUUAUUAUUGUUGUAUUUGUGUUUUGUAUCAUCUGUCUUUGUCAAAGCACACCAGCUGUUUUUUGAGACUCACUUACUCCCAAUGCAACCAAUCAUUGGUAAGACAAGUUUAGCAUGUAGUUAAUUCAAAGAUGUGUCCAUUGUUACACUGCUUUUAUACCCUUUUUUUAUCUGUUGACCAGAACUUAUAUCUGUACAUGCGAGUACAGUAGCUAUGUGUCCAAUGCUUUCCGUUUGAAACCAUUCCGUAGCCAACUGUGAAUGUUGUUUUUUGGUCAGUGAUACGUUGAAAGAAAGACCAGAAUUUGGUCGGAAAUGUUCCGUUAGAAGUUGAAAGAAAGACCACAUUUUUAUUCAACUGGUAAAAUGUAAGCAAAUGUCUGUUUGAAUCUCACUGUUACUGGAUUCUUGAUGUCUUCUACUAUAACCGACCCAUUGGGAACACUUUACAUUAAUGUCCUAAGGGUUUAUAAAGGGUUUAUAAAGGGUUUGUAAAGGUGUUAUAAGCAGUUUUAUAAACACUUUACAAUAUUGACCUGUGCUUAUAGCAUGAAUAAAUAAAUUCCCUUUACAGUCAGUUACUUAUAUCUUAAUCAUCAUGACUUAAGAACAGAUUGAAUGUUUACAAAUCUGGAUUCCUUACCAACAGGCUAUGUCAACGGGAGUGAUUGUCUUAGUUUUUUCUACUUUUAUAAUGUGUAUAAAAUAAAAUAAAUUGCUCUUUAGGACGUUCUUGCAUUGGA